AUGACUUCCAUUUUACGCGACGCCAACGAUAUCCUCGCGACCAUCGACCAAUGGAGGAAACUUGAAGAAACAUGGGGCAAUCCCAUAGACUUGGACACGGACAGUGAAGAAGGAGACAUCCCGUCUUCGCCGCCGCAGCUACAUCGAUGUACAUCGUCAUUUCUAUUCGACAGCGCGAGGGAGCAAGUCUGGUGCCAGUUUUCCGAGAAAUCAGCACUUCUAGAUUACACAGAGUUUCUUCAGGGCCUUCAACAUGUUGAUACGGUGGAUGAGCCCAGGAAAGCAUCCUACGUUGUCGAUGGCCAGAUUCUGUCAGCCUUAUCUGUGGAACUAAUAUGUAAUAAGAUAGAUGACAUAUUCAAACCGAUCGAGGAUCUCUACACGAUUACGAGCACUAUGCGACGACGAAAGGAAAAUGUCAAAGAAGCUAUCGUCGAACGCAGUGUAUCGUAUGGAGGGUUGUCCUUUGAUGACACUGCUGAUACCGAGAUGGAUACCGGUGAUAUCGAUAAAUAUAUCGACGAGGCUUUUCAGGGGCUGAAUUCCACUAAAGUCAGCAUUACCGCUAAAAGUGCGAAUACAGAGAAUGCUACGAAGAAUUCUGUGACUGCGUUGGUAAAUAAGUUCAGUAACAUUUUAAAACGACCAGCUCUUCGAGGGCCUAGAAGAAGGCGUGAGAGUAAUAAUGGAUUUCAGGACAUGAUAGAUUACUGGAGAAGUAUAACUUGUCACCAGGAUCUUUAAAUACUUUUUAUAAUCGACAGCAAGCGCAAUGGACUGUAGAUAAUAAUUUAAUAAGAUAACUUUUAGCAAAGAAAAUGAUUUAUUAAUGAACAAUGUACAAAAGUAUAAGAUACAAGAAGAAACAUUGACAAAGUCAAAAAGUAAAAAAAAAAGAAUUUAAAAUAAGUAUAAAAGUCUCCUUAAAGAGGUCAGUAAUAAUAUAUCAAAAACAUGAUAAUGCUGUCGGCAACACUUUUAUUUCAUAACUGUAUCGUAUAAUUAGUUUAAGUGUAGCGAAUUGUUGCGAAUUUUGUAUGUAAUACUGUAAUUAGCUGA